ACUUCCGGCGCGACGUGGAAUCGGCGGCGGCGGCGGCGGCGAGGAAAGGUGGCCGCGCGCGAUGCAGGGGGCGCGGCACGUUGUGUGCGCCGUGUCGGGCGGGGUGGACAGCGCUGUGGCCGCGCUGCUGCUGAGGCGGAGAGGUUACCAGGUGACAGGGGUGUUUAUGAAGAACUGGGACUCGCUGGAUGAGCAUGGAGUUUGCACGGCUGACAAAGACUGCGAAGAUGCUUACAGAGUUUGCCAAAUCCUAGACAUCCCCUUCCAUCAAGUGUCCUACGUGAAGGAGUAUUGGAAUGAUGUGUUCAGUGAUUUUUUAAAUGAAUAUGAAAAAGGAAGAACUCCCAAUCCUGACAUAGUCUGCAACAAGCAUAUCAAAUUCAGUUGUUUUUUUAAUUACGCUGUGGAUAAUCUUGGAGCAGAUGCAGUCGCUACGGGUCACUAUGCAAGAACGUCCCUGGAAGAUGAAGAGGUCUUUCAGCAGAAGCACAUUAAGAGGCCAGAAGGGCUUUUCAGAAAUCGAUUUGAAAUUAGAAAUGUGGUAAAACUUCUCCAAGCAGCUGACAGCUUUAAAGACCAGACCUUCUUUCUCAGCCAGGUUUCCCAGGAUGCCCUGAGGAGAACCCUCUUCCCCUUGGGGGGAUUAACGAAAGAUUUUGUAAAGAAAAUAGCUGCUGAGAAUAGACUUCAUCAUGUGCUUCAGAAAAAAGAGAGCAUGGGCAUCUGUUUCGUUGGUAAAAGAAAUUUUGAAAAUUUCAUUCUUCAGUAUUUACAGCCUCGACCUGGUAAAUUUAUUUCUAUAGAAGACAAUAAAGUUCUGGGAACGCAUAAAGGUUGGUUCCUGUAUACUUUGGGCCAGAGAGCUAAGAUAGGUGGCUUACGGGAGCCCUGGUACGUGGUGGAGAAGGACAGCGCCAGGGGCGACGUGCUCGUGGCCCCCCGGACAGACCACCCGGCCCUGUACAGGGACCUGCUGCGGACCGGCCGCGUGCACUGGGUGGCGGAGGAGCCACCCGCAGCCCUGGUCCGCGACAAGAUGAUGGAGUGCCACUUCCGGUUCCGCCACCAGAUGGCGCUAGUGCCCUGCGUGCUGACCCUCAAUCAAGACGGCACUGUGUGGGUGACGGCCGUGAAGGCCGUGCGGGCUCUCGCCCUGGGACAGUUCGCUGUGUUCUACAAAGGGGGCGAGUGCCUGGGCAGUGGGAAGAUCCUGCGCCUGGGGCCAUCCGCCUACACACUCCAGAAGGGCAGGAGCACAUCCAGUAUGGCCGUGGAGGGCUCCGGCAGCGGCCGGGGUGACAGCCCGGGCCGGGGGCCCACGCUCUGACAGAGGCCGAGCGGCUGCGGCGGAGCUCGCGGGAGGAGAUGUGGAGGAGCGGAGCCGGGGGCAGGGCCGCCGGGGGCUCGGCCACUGCUGCCGGCACCUGCCGCCCCAGUCCUGGCCCGGCCGGCCCAGCUUCCGGGCCGCUUCAGAGCCAGGGAGAGCCCGUCCUCUCUGCUCGCUGGCCGGCGGGUCUGUCCCAAGUGCCCCAUGGGUGGAGUUCCUCUUUCGCACCCCCAGAAGGGGGCCUGUGGAGGGGGAUGGCUGGGCUGCAGGGGCAGCACCCAAUAAAAACUCUGUCCGGGC